UUCUUGGACCUCGUAACUUAUUCUAAGGCCAUGUUUAUCCCAACAAAAACUCAAUCCAUUCUACUGUUACUUUUACAUUAACACCACGACCCUCCUAUAAGAAAGUCCACUCAAAGGAUAUUUCCAAUUCUUCAAAAUUCGGCAAUGGAAGGCUACAAAUGCAUAAAAAUCGAUCGUCAAAACCCAAACUCCGGCGUCUUCCACCUCCGCCUCCACCGUCCGUCGCACCACAAUGCUCUCACAACCGAACUCUUCGCCGAACUCCGUCAAGCUUUCUCAUAUCUGGACCAAAACCCCGAGGUCCACGUCAUCAUCCUCUCCGGAUCCGGCAAGCACUUCUGCGCCGGAAUCGACCUCAAAUCAACAGCCUCCAACUUCUCGAAGCUUCAAUCGGAGGAGCGGGGGCGGGCAGGGGAGAGGCUCCGGCGGGAAAUCAAGUGGAUGCAGGAAUCGAUCACGGCGAUCGAGGAGUGCCGGAAGCCGGUGAUUGCGAGCAUCCACGGAGGGUGCAUCGGAGGAGGGGUUGAUAUAGUGACGGCGUGUGAUUUGAGGUAUUGCACGGCGGAGGCGGUGUUUUCGGUGAGGGAGGUUAGAAUGGCGAUUACGGCGGAUCUUGGGACUCUGCAGAGGCUGCCGAGAAUCGUAGGGUAUGGGAAGGCGGCGGAGUUGGCGUUGACGGGCCGGGAUUUUUCGGGCUUGGAGGCUAAGGAAUUGGGCUUGGUUUCACGAACUUUUGCUUCCAAGUUGGAGCUUGAAGAUGAAGUCCUCAAAAUUGCUCAAGAAAUAGGUUCAAAAUCUCCAUUGGCUGUCGUGGGAACAAAGGCAGUGCUACUAAAAAGCAGAGACCUAAAUGUAGAACAAGGCUUGGAUUAUGUUGCAACUUGGAACUCAGGGACUCUACUCUCGGAUGAUCUCAAAGAAGCCAUCUCCGCUCAAGCUAACAAACGCAACCCAGUAUUUUCUAAGCUAUGAGACGGAGAUAUUCAAACAUCUGACCUCUUGAUCGAGAGUAUAUGUUUUAGUGAGUUAAAUUAUACUCAAAUUGGUUGUAGGUCCCAAAACAACUACGGCCAACAUUUUACUUUUGUAUUUCCAUUAAUGACAUAAAACGUCAUCAUAUAUGUUCUUUUCAUUUCUUUGAUCAUCUUUACUUUUACUUUUUCUUUUCUCUUAAUAAAAAAUGGUAAAUAUAUGUUUGUCUUCGA